CGACUUGUGUAACGACCAUCCAUCAUUUAUUCUGCGAUGUCUGCGUUACAGACCAUAGAUCCAUUGAACCAUCUCCUGUCGCGAUAUGGCCAUCACUUUACAUCGUUUUCGUGGAGGUUUGGCACUCAAUGGGCCUUUGGUCGAAGAACUUGCUCACGUAGCAAUAGCGUGUAGUACAUCGACACCAGCAUCCACCACCGUGACGUUCUCCGGCGAACUUCCGCUUCAUAUCACUGUAUUGACGAAGGAUGAGCAGACAAGAUGAGCGACCAGACCAUCCAAUACAAGAUCUUCAGGCAGACGUGUCUCGCAUCUAUUCAGCAGGAAUUGGCGGCAACAAAGGUGUCUAUUUCGUUGUCAUACUAUGGGCUGCUGGACAGCAGCUUCGAAAGCGCCUCGGUUUGCCUCCCAAAGAUUUUCACAUUACCCUUACCCGAGCUGAUAACCAUGAAAUGGAUAAGAAUAUCCACUCUCUCUUGCAGUACCCUCAAUCUCCUCCCUCUGACUUUCUGGACCAUCUCGCAUACACGCUUCAUAUUGCUGCAGACCAUCAAAUGGAACGGCAGUGUUGCUUACAAUUGAUCCAAACCAUACCGGAUUCCCACCGCGGAUUCAUUCGACUGGGAGACGCCUCCUUAUCACUCAGUCAGCAUAAAUUGGCUAUGCUUUCGUAUGGUGGUGCCUUUCACCUGGCGACGGGCCAGAAUGUGAAGGACUACUGUGUUAAGAAGUUAAUCCAGUGCUCAUACUACACAGAGUGGGGAUGCCUGUUUAUGGAGUCAGAGAGGGAACAGAUACCGGCUGAAAUAGCGGCUUUGUUAUUGAGACCAUGGUCUGACGAACUAUGUGAAUUCCUGAGUGACGCAAACGUCACACCAACCCUCUCUGUCGCCUCUCGCCAGCCGAUGUUCCUGUCCAGUGGUCAAAGGCUCCCACGGUUCUUCCGUUGGCUCAUUCCUUUCUAUUUCGCCAUCAUGUCUACCCCGCGCACAGGACAGGACAUCACCCUGCUAGCCACUAUCGGUAUCAAGCAUAUCCUGACUCUUACCGAAGAGGAACCCCUCCCUCAGUCAUGGUUUGACGCAAAGGACAUAUCCAACACCUUUCUCCCCGUUCCCAAUUACCGCCCGCCUUCCAUUGAGCAAAUGGAUAUCAUAAUGAGACUUUUCGACGACCCCGAGAAGCUUCCGCUGCUUGUUCACUGCGGUGGCGGCAAAGGACGCGCAGGUACGGUGGCGGCAUGUUACCUUGUUGCAUAUGGCUUCGGCAAAUCUCAUCCUAACCAAGAUCAUCCCGAAAUGACAGCCAAUGACGCCAUUGAUACUCUACGUUCACUUCGCCCCGGAAGCAUCGAAACAUCACAGCAAGAGGCCUUUGUUUCAAAAUGGUGCAGUACAAUUUGGAAGCGACAGGCAGUGCUACCUGAUCCUCCGUCUGAGCCCCCGCCAUCUCCAUUGGACGUGGAGGGUGUGCUGGAUUGCGAUGCCGAUCUCCUCGUGCUCGUCGGUCUCCCGGGAGCUGGAAAAUCGUGGCUUGCGCAAGCGCUGAUGAAACGCGAUCCCAAAAACUGGACGUGUAUAUCUCAAGACGACUUACGCAGUCGCGCCUCAUGCGAGACCGCCAUUGGCCGGAAACCAUCUACUAGGCGUACGCUUCUGGACCGGUGUAAUCCAUCAGCUGCUGAACGCGGGGCCUGGCUUGCUUUGGCGUCAAAUUGGGCCGAGAAGCCUAUCUGUGUGUGGUUUGAUUACGACCACAAGCCAUGUGUGUCCAGAGCGCAGCGACGCACGGGACAUCCUACGCUUCCUCCAGGAAACCGUGUCCAAAGUGCUGUCCGUCAGAUGAAUAAACAAUUUGAACGCCCUAAUGUACGCGAGGGUUUUAAGGCCAUUGUGAUCAUUAAGUCCUUCAAUGCGUGCCAGGAGCUCGUUGUACGGCUCUCUUCAUCAGUAGGGAUUUUCAAAUUCCCUCGUACACCUCACCUCAUAGACCUUGGGGCUGCGACGUCAGAUGAUCUUGUCACAGACACUAGUGCCAUCCUUGGACAUGUCGCUAUCACUGAAAAAGUUGACGGCGCCAAUAUGGGAUUUUCGCUCUCGGGCGACCGAGAGCGGAUUAUUGUACAGAAUAGGUCUCAUUAUGUCAAUUCGUCAACCCACGAACAGUUCAGAAAACUAGGGUAUUGGGUUGAUCGGCAACGGGAGGCGCUGAUUCGACUGCUUGGAAGAGACGAGCAUUUCCCUGAACGAUAUGUCUUGUACGGGGAAUGGAUGUAUGCGACGCAUUCCAUCCCCUAUACCAAUCUUCCAGACAUGUUCCUCGCUUUCGAUCUAUAUGAUCGAUACUUGAAGCUGUUUAUUGAUCGUCAAAGUUUGGAGGUACUUUUGGGUCCAACUUCCAUUGAGGUGGUCCCUCUAGUUUACGAAGGAAAUAUGCCUUCGGAAAACGGCUUGAAGAAGUUGGUCCUGGGUCGAUCGCGCUUUUGGGAUGGAAUGGUAGAGGGUGUAUAUGUGAAAGUGGAGAAGGAUGGUAGGGUUACUUCGAGAGGUAAGGUCGUGAGGGGGGAUUUUAUAUCUGGCAGCGAGCAUUGGACGAAAGGGAAUUUGAAGAUAAAUGGGUUGAGUAUGGAUGCUAGGGAUCGCCAUCAGUCCUAGUGACUAUUGACUACUAGAGCUUUCAGUGACCACAAAAACCUUUAGCAGAAGCCCUAGAAUUUCUUGUUGUCAGGCCCUGCUCCGGACCGGCUUCGCCGACUAUAUAACCGCAUGAGCUU